AUGGAUUCAGAGGACGAGUUCAUGUCUGACCCGCCCAGCGGGGAUGAACUCGAUUUCGACGAAGGCACACAAGACAGUGACAUUGGCAGUCUAGGAGGUGACUUUGAUCAAGAUCAAGAUGGUGGCUUCGGCUACGACAAGGACAUCCUCGCCAACCCACAGAAACCAUACGAGGUCGAGUACAAAGUCCUGAGCCCUGAAGACAUCCAGUCACAUCAAGACCGGCAGUUCCAGGAAGUUGCAUCAAUCAUUGAACUGCCGCCUGAACAAGCGGCCAUACUUCUACGCUUCAUGAGGUGGAACAAGGAGAAACUGAUUGAAACCUACAUGGACAACCCAGAGAAAGUGCUUGAGGCUGCAGGCUUGGGACCGACAUUUGCAGAGUCUCCUAAAACAAAGACUGUCAAGGGCUUUACCUGCGAGAUCUGCUAUGAAGAUGGCCCAGCCCUGCAAACAUAUGCAAUGAAAUGUGACCACCGAUAUUGUGUCGACUGCUACACUCACUAUCUGACCCAAAAGGUAAAGGAAGAGGGCGAAGCGGCGAGAAUCGAGUGUCCCUUUGACGGUUGUCAUCGCAUCGUGGACUCCAAGUCGCUCAAAUUAUUGGUUAAUCAAAGCGUUCAAGAUCGAUAUGAGGUCCUCCUCAGCAGAACAUAUGUCGACGACAAAGACAAUUUGAAAUGGUGUCCUUCACCAGAUUGUGAAUAUGCCAUUGAUUGUGCUGUCAAGAAGCGAGACCUUACUCGUAUUGUUCCCACUGUCCGAUGUGCACACGAACACAGCUUUUGCUUUGGAUGUACCCUCCCCGAUCAUCGUCCGGCUCCGUGUUCCCUGGUCAAGAAAUGGUUGAAGAAGUGUGAAGACGAUUCCGAAACAUCAAAUUGGAUCUCGGCCAACACCAAAGAAUGCCCCAAGUGCAACUCGACCAUUGAGAAAAACGGAGGUUGCAACCACAUGACCUGCCGAAAAUGCAAGCAUGAAUUUUGUUGGAUGUGUAUGGGUCCCUGGUCUGAACAUGGAAGCAGUUGGUACAAUUGCAACCGCUUCGAAGAGAAGUCCGGGGCCGACGCCCGUGAUGCCCAAGCACGAUCUCGACACUCUCUCGAACGAUACCUCCAUUACUACAACCGCUAUGCAAACCACGAACAAUCAGCCAAACUGGAUAAAGACCUGUGGCUCAAGACGGAGAAAAAGAUGACGAGCCUGCAGACGCAAUCCAACAUGUCAUGGAUUGAGGUUCAAUUUCUCGACACCGCAUCCAAAGCUUUGCAAUCUUGCCGUCAGACACUCAAAUGGACUUAUGCGUUCGCCUUCUACCUGGCGCGAAACAAUAUGACGGAAAUUUUCGAAGACAACCAGAAGGACCUCGAAAUGGCCGUUGAGAAUCUCAGUCAAAUGUUCGAAAAGCCUGUGAAUGAGCUUGGAGGUCUCAAAGUGGAAAUCCUGGACAAGACCACCUAUUGCAAUCGCAGGAGAGAAAUCCUCCUCAGUGACACAGCUGAAAAUCUGAAGAAAGGUAUAGUUCAACCCCGAUUUUGA